AUGUGCGACAGUGAAUGUGUGGCUCCGGCCGUGGUGUCCCCUUUGGCACCACCAACCGCAGCAAACGGUAUGCAACCGGCGUCUUCGCCGUGCGAUGCCUCGAAUAUUAGCAACCUCGUGGAAGCCAUCAACCCGGCAGUGCAGUUGGCCACCUCGCUGUCUGCCCACUCGAUGCAACAUUCGACGAUGCAGUCGGAGGUACAGCCAGCACCACCCGGUGUUGGGGGCGAGUACAUUUCGCCCCAGGAGCUGGAGAUGGAGAACCACUGGUUGCGGGAAAAGCUGAAGGAAAUUACGGCCGAUCGGGAUCGGUUGCUGUGUGAGGUGGCCAAUCUGCGGCUCGAGCUCGACAUGGCCGAAUUGAAACGGCUUCCGGAACACAGAACUUCCAGCUUAUAA